AUGUCUUCGCCGGACACGAUCAGUAAAAGUUCGAAGAAAAGAAAGAAACGUAAGAAGUUGAAACACAAAGACAUCUUUGAUAUUCCAGGUGUUCGCAAGUUAACACUAUCCGAGUUAGCUCAAAAAAUAAUAGGAUGCGUUGCUGGAGAACACGUUACGGCGGAGAGUCCAUGGAUGUAUGUAAAUAAGGAGAAAAUACAAGAUAAUUUAGAAUUACAUGAAGAAAGUUCAGAAUUUCUGCCAUUGAAGAAAGAAUUGAUUGAAUACCCUAGGAGAGAUGUAUUGAUAGGUUAUAUUCCUGAUGAAUCCAGGGAAUACGAAGAAUUUUAUAUAUGUGUCACAGAGGAAGCCACUGAAACAGUCAAAAACAUUAUCGAGAAAAUGAAAGAGGAACAAGAAGAGAGGCUAUACAAUACAGUCAAUAAGAGUAUCAAAAAAUGGUUCUCUCAAGGUACAGAAGAGGAAGUUGAUGAGAGUAUAAUAAAAAAUAAUCGGGCUCUCCUGGAAGUUGAAGUGGAGUCUCAAUACCCAAUUUUUUCUCCUGAAGUUCAGUUUACAACUGUGAAAGCUGAGCAGAGAAGAGAUGGUUACAUGGAAUUGAGAUAUUUCGAUGAUCAAGCUACCAAUGUUCUGAAGAAGAGAAUAGAUGCCCAUACCCAGGUGGCUCCUCAGAAUAUAUCCUCAGAGGUUCAAACCAUAUGCACGUAUCCAUCCAACUCUGCAACACAAUAUCGCUAUGAAAUCAAAAACGUCGAAGAGCUUCUGAAUAAAUGCACCAAGAACAUAAUCAGUUACACAGAGGACAAUUAUGAUCAUCUUUCUGAAUUACUGAGAGUGAAUGGUGCAAUAGAUCUAUAUACUGAUGACUAUUCAGCUCUCAUCAGUAACGAUUCGAGAUAUAUGAAAGCUACUGCUAUGGAAGAAGUUAAGGAAUAUAUGUUCUUCAUGGAUGUGAAUUUGUGUGAAGGCAAAAUGAUCGCCGACGCAGUUUGGCAUCCGAUGUGGUCUGGAACAGUUGCCAUAGCGUACGCUGACGUAGCUCCGAAUAUCUACAAUUUCGGACAAAACACAGAAGAUACUGUACUGAAAGCUGUUCACGGAAUCAACCCUGUACUUAUCUGGAGCUGUCUAGAUGGGCUCAAACCAAAAUUGAUUCUUGAAGCCCCAAGAGAGGUACAUAAAUUAUCAUUCUGUAAGUUCGAUGAGAAUAUCCUGAUCGGUGGAUGUAAAAACGGACAAAUUAUCAUUUGGGACAUUCGGAACAAACUCCACAAAGUAGAGGAAUUAGAGAUACUCACCACGGCUCAGCAGAAGUAUAGAGUUUACAUGCAUUCUCUAAUGAAGUGGAUGAGGAACAUUCAUGAUGUAUCAGUUGUGAGACCAACAGCUAUAUCAGACUUAGGAUACUCACAUAAAGGUCCAGUUACUGGCAUAUCUUGGGUAUCCCCAUAUUACGAAUACUCUAAAAUAGGGAAUCUGAUGGAGAUCCCAGAAGACUGGUCAGAUCCUUCUAUGCAGUUGAUUACAGGUAGUGAAGAUGGAACUAUCUUGAUAUGGGAUCUACUCAAGAAACCCACAAUUCAAGCUGGAGGAUUCAAACCCAGACAACUAAAGAGGCUCAAAAAGAGACCUAGCGCGUUGAUGGUAGAUGUAUCUCCAUACCAUUCCUUGCAUCUCAAUCUCAAACCAUUGUAUAAAAUAAAUAUGAAUAGAAAAGAUAAUAAGAAGAACUUCGCCAUAUCCAAUUUUCAUAGCAAUUCAUGCCACAUGGAGUAUGAAGAAAUUAAUCCGGACAAAAAUAGAAAGAAUGUUAUAAGUGAAAGAAUAUUAUUCAAACCAAUCUUCCGGAGAGAAUCUCAGCAGGCGUUGAAACAAGAAAUGCAUGUGGGAACUUCGGAUGGUCAUUACAUCCACUUGAAAUGGGAGGGACAAGAAUACGAUACAGGAGAAAUCGUGAACUGUGAAAACGCAAAAAUAAUAAUGUCAGCCAAAUAUCAUGAUGGGCCAGUCAACACAGUUGAAAUAUCCGAUUUCAGUAAUAUCACCCUAACAGUAGGAGGAAGGAUCUUUGCUCUUUGGCGUGAUGAUUUUUCUGCCGGUCCAAUUUUAUGGAGGAGAUGCAAACAUAUGUACACUACAGGAGAAUGGGAUAUCUUCAAGCCUUACAUGGUGAUCAACAAAAUCAUGAAUGGAGACGUGGAAAGCUGGGCUGUUUCAUCUAGUAGCAAAUUUCCAGUUUCUUCGUUGACAUAUUCCAGUCAAUUUCUAACUGCCUCCGCUAUCCAUCCACGAAAAUUAAAACGGAACAUUUAUGGGGCUGGUGACAAGCAAGGUUCCUUCAGAUUGUUUUUUGUGCCAGAAGACACCAUUCCAUUAACGGAAGAAAUGAAAAGAGGAGAGUUUCUAGAGUUCGUCGAUAGAGAAAUAGAUAGGAAAAAACAGUUCUUGUCUUGGCAGGAAGCUUGGAAUAAGAAGAACGCCUCGGUUUUGAAAGUGAGAGAAGACGAGCAGAGGGAGUUUAUCGAGAAAGAAGAAGCGACUCAAAAAGAAAAAGAGCAGGAGAAGCAGGAUCAGAAAGUUGAUGAUAAAACUAAGCAAAAAGGUCCUCAGCCCGGUAAAUAUGUGGAAUGGGUGAUAGAACAGAGGAAACUGGAAGAAGCGGCAAGAAUCAAAAGUACAAUAAUUAGUAAGAAACAACUCGAUACGAAAGAAUUGGAAAAAAGAAGAAAACCACUACAAAAACUGGAUGAAGAAAAUGAGCGAAAGAAGAGGAAGCAGAAGCAGAGGUUGAGAGAGGGAGAAACUAUAUUUCGAGAAACGAUUGCAUCCCUAUUUCCAGAGAUUGUGAAAGAAAAACCGGCUCCUCCUCCUGACCCAUAUGCUGGAGGAGAACCUGCUGAUGAACGUGAAAGGUGUUAUUAUGAUUACCUUGAAAUAACACAGGAAGCCGAAGACUUUAAAAACAGCCACCCUUAUUAUUACGAUUUCGAUUGGAAACAAGUUCUAACAAGUGGUGAACAGAGGAGACGUUUGUUGGAUGAAGCUUAUUCAAGUAGGAAGCAUCCACAACUUGGAAUGAAAAGUACAUCAUCGAAAGAAAACUACGUUGAACAAAUGGAAGGUACUUAG